AUGGUGGAAGGGACUAUGUCUCUUGAUGCUGUUAUAAAGGAAGCUGUUGAUUUGGAGAACAUUCCUAUUGAGGAGGUAUUUGAUAAUCUAAAAUGCACAAAAGAAGGUUUAACCUCUGAGGAAGUACAAGAGAGGCUUGACAUGUUUGGAUACAAUAAACUUGAAGAAAAAAAGGAAAGUAAAAUACUGAAGUUUUCAGGGUUUAUGUGGAAUCCUUUGUCAUGGGUUAUGGAAGCUGCUGCUCUCAUGGCCAUUGCUAUGGCACAUGGAGGGGGAAAGCGAGGAGAUUAUCAAGAUUUUGUUGGCAUAAUUAUUUUGCUAAUUAUAAACUCAACCAUAAGUUUCAUAGAAGAAAAUAAUGCUGGUAAUGCAGCUGCUGCCCUUAUGGCAAGAUUGGCUCCAAAAGCAAAGGUACUUCGUGACGGAAAAUGGAGCGAAGAAGAUGCUUCGGUAUUGGUCCCUGGAGACAUAGUUAGCAUCAAGCUAGGGGACAUCAUUCCUGCCGACGCACGUCUCCUUGAAGGUGACCCUUUGAAGAUUGAUCAGUCUGCUCUUACCGGAGAGUCACUCCCUGUGACUAAACAUCCCGGAGAAGGAGUAUAUUCUGGUUCAACUUGCAAGCAAGGAGAAAUUGAAGCCGUAGUCAUAGCAACUGGAGUUCACACAUUUUUCGGAAAGGCAGCUCAUCUCGUCGAAAACACAACACACGUUGGACAUUUCCAACAGGUUUUGACAUCUAUUGGAAAUUUCUGCAUCUGUUCAAUUGCUAUUGGAAUGAUUAUUGAAAUCAUUGUGAUAUACAGCGUCCACGGAUAUGGUUACAGAAACGGUAUUGAUAACCUUCUAGUGCUACUAAUUGGAGGAAUCCCUAUUGCAAUGCCAACUGUUCUUUCAGUUACAAUGGCUAUUGGCUCACAUAAGUUAUCUCAGCAGGGUGCUAUAACAAAGAGAAUGACUGCUAUUGAAGAAAUGGCCGGAAUGGAUGUGUUAUGCAGUGACAAAACAGGCACAUUAACUCUUAACAAGCUUACAGUGGACAAGGAAAUGAUUGAGGUUUUUGCCAAAGGUGUUGGCAAGGAUUUGGUUGUACUUAUGGCUGCAAGAGCAUCAAGGAUGGAGAACCAAGAUGCAAUUGAUUGCGCAAUCGUUUCAAUGUUGGCAGACCCAAAGGAGGCACGAGCUGGAAUAAAAGAAGUUCAUUUCCUUCCGUUUAAUCCAACUGAUAAAAGAACUGCCCUUACAUACAUUGAUGGUGCUGGUAAUAUGCACAGGGUUAGCAAAGGUGCACCAGAGCAGAUUCUCAAUCUUGCACAAAACAAGGCAGAAAUCGAACGGAAGGUUCAUGCGAUGAUUGACAAGUUUGCAGAACGUGGACUUCGUUCUCUUGGGAUUGCAAGACAGGAAGUACCGGAGGGAAGUAAGGAAAGUGCAGGAGGACCAUGGGAGUUUGUUGCUCUUCUCCCUCUUUUUGACCCUCCGAGACAUGAUAGCGCAGAAACAAUCAGAAGAGCUCUUGAUCUUGGCGUUAGUGUCAAAAUGAUCACUGGUGAUCAACUCGCAAUAGGUAAGGAAACGGGAAGGCGUCUAGGGAUGGGGACUAACAUGUAUCCUUCUUCAUCACUGCUCGGUGAAAAUAAAGAUCAAUUAGGUGCUGUUUCCAUUGAUGAUAUCAUUGAGAAAGCUGACGGUUUUGCUGCCACUUCACUUUGA